AUGUGCUGAGCUAUAAAUUGUCGCUGUCUUAUUUGCCUAGUUGUCUCACAUCUGGAUCGGAAAGUUUGAAUCUUUGCCCAGAAAAUCACCAUAAAUCCCCCGUAUAUCUUUUGCAUAUAUCCUAGUUUCGAGGAAAUCGUUUUUUCUUGAUUUUUGCCCGUGUUCUAGGGCUAUCUCUCCGAUUCGCAUAUGUAAUGAGAUAUAAUUCAUGAGAAUCAACAUGGCCGACUGGGAGGAAUAUUUCUCAAAGCAGACACCACCAGCAAAUCUAGAAGAGACGAGAAACGCAGUCUCCGAAUUUGCAGCAAGCCACAGAAAUGCGGGAAGAAAUAUCGUUCUAAUCACGUCUGGAGGUACUGCCGUCCCAUUGGAGAACAACACUGUACGAUUCAUUGACAACUUUAGCAGUGGCACUAGAGGGUCCGCCUCAGCUGAACACUUUUUGCAGCAGGGUUAUGCAGUAGUGUUCUUGUACAGACAGCAUUCUCUGCAACCUUUCAUGCGUCAAAUAUCUCCAGAAGCCAUCCUAGAUAUCAUGGACUUUAAGGAAGACAGAGAGGGGGCAAGCCAUAUUCAAGUGGACGAGAAUAGGGCACCCAACCUCAGAGAAGUUCUCAAAAGGUACCAGGAGGUUCAGGUUAUGGGCACCUUGUUGCUUGUGGAGUUCAACACAUUGUCUGAUUACUUAUUUCUUCUUCGCACAAUGGCCGAAGUGCUUGGCACAAUGGGGCCUCAGAUCAUGUUUUACCUAGCGGCAGCUGUGUCUGACUUCUAUAUUCCCUCAGACAGUAUGGCUGAGCACAAGAUCAGUUCAGAGGGCCCUCUAGAGCUCAAUAUGCAGCAAGUCCCAAAAAUGCUAAGCCCAUUGGUCAAGCUGUGGGCCAGAAAUGCAUUUGUUGUCUCAUUCAAGUUGGAGACGGAUGUCAACAUUAUAUCCAAGAAAGCAAGGGAAGCGCUGACAAAAUACAACCACCAGGUUGUUGUGUCCAACAUACUACAGACAAGAAAGAAGACGGUGGUGAUUGUGACACCAAGCCAGGAAAUGGCUAUAUGGAUGCCAGACAAUGAGCUGGACCUGGGCAAAGAAAUAGAAGCAAAGAUUGUGGUGGAGCUCAUAAAGAUGCAUCAGCAAUUCAUUGGUAGCAGCACCAUCAUCAUGCAAGGCACGCAGCCCCAACAGUCCUCGCACAUGCAGACACGAGUGGCCAGCUCGCCAAUAAACCAGGUGUCUGCAUUCGCGUACUCCUCUCAGACACCGCUGACCCCACAGGACGGCGGUGACUCCCCCGUGUUUAGCACCUUCACCGGCGCCGCCUCCCCGUCAGUCACCCACAUCCGCAUCCGGCGAGGAGACGAAUCUCCUUCCCCGAACAUGUCCCCUUCCGCCAUUUCCGAAGGUAGCGGAGUACCCCUCACCCCGACCACGCCAACCUCGAGUAAGUCCCAGUCGCGCUUCGGUAUCCUGUCAGACCAGGUGCUGAAUCAGGAGAUGAAGUCCUUUAUCGAGUCGUUUCGGACGCGCCGUAUUGCGCUUGGCUACACGCAGGAGGAUGUGGGUUUUGAGCUGUCGCGGACAAACGGUCCCUCGUACAGCCAGUCGUUUAUCUCGCGUUUCGAGUCCAAGAACCUCGGGCUGAAAGCUGCGGAGAAAAUGAAACCUGUUAUGCAAUCUUGGAUUGAACAGAAAGAACUCGAGUGCUCUAAAGGGCUUCGCGUUUGCAAGAAACGCAAGCGGCGCACGUCCUUCUCAAAUGAAGCGCUGAGGUUACUUAUCAGCCACUUUGAGCAAAACCCGAAGCCGUCAUCAUCCGAGAUCGCGCAGAUCGCGUCCAAACUAGGCCUGGAGCCGGUCACUGUACGAGUCUGGUUCUGCAACCGAAAACAGAUGUUAAAACGCAUGGCGACAGGGAAGACGCGCGUGAAUAACUCCUUACGGGCCGAACUGGAGGCGAAAACCAAACUGGAAUCGCCGGAAAGAGGAGGUGGGUUUACUGGCAUGCCUGUUGGCCAGUUUUCAUUCACUGAGGAUAAGGUAAAACCGCUGAUGUGCGUUGCCGCUGACGCGAGUCCAACCAAAGCAAUCCUGCAAAGUCCUCCCGCAAACGUCACCUACGCGCAGGUCACAGAAGACACAGUGGUACAAUCUUCCGCUCCACCUGGGCCACCUGUGUCGUACGCAGUGUCGUUCGUGGGGCCUGGGGCUCAGGUUGAGCACGCGGCUGUUGUCAGUUUGAACUUUGACGCGACUCCUGUUCAAAAGGUAUCGCAAGCUCCGUAUAGGCGGGGAAUUGGUGCUACAGAUGAAACAAUUCACGAAUACUCGACAGAUACUCGAAUGCCAGAGUCUUGAAAGCUUAAUCUGUGGAAAGGACAAAAAAUAGGUGAAUAAUGCUUAACGCUGGGUUGAUAAACAGAAUUCCAUUCAAAUGAACUAAGAAUCAAUUCUUGCGCGAAAUGCGAGUAAAUAUAUUACUCCUAACUAGUUUAUGCGGGCAGCAAGUCCUCGAGUUCUCAAUCUUCGAGUAAUGGGUUCCAUCGUAUCUCUAGAUUAUUUGAAAUUGAUAACCUUCUCGGAAUCUCGAUUUCAAACACACGAAGUUUGGGACACGUGACCUUGUAAGGGUUGUUGCUUCAUGCCCCUCUGAGAAAUUGGUAUAUGCACUUUGUUCUGUGGAUAAGCAUAGCGUAUACUGAUGUUGGACGUAGAUCGAGGGAAUGGUUCUUAUUAGUAAACAAUUACACUUACACUAUUUGUUCCAGAAAGUUGUUGCCCAUCUCUAGCAAGCGUCAGGGAGGGAGUUAUUUAGAUCAUGACGUAUUUAACGCGAGAAAAUGAAACAAUACCCUCAGGUAUUUUUUGGCGCGUUCUGAUGCUGUAAAAACGAGAAAAAAAAUCCUCAAAUUCGGAUAUGUUAAAAAAACAACCCGUUUCUUUCCCUUUUUAGACAGGAUGAUUUUACGAAAGGUUCUAUGAACUUUAAAUAAUUAAUCUACGCAAAUUAGUAAUACAUUAUGAUACCAUUACUAUAAGGACACAGUCUAAUUUGAGAAAGGAUAUGGAACUUCUAUCCUUUAUAAGGAGAUGUCCUUAGAGGGUGAUUUCUGUAUUGUUUUGAUAUUUCGCGAUAGAACGGUGUAGAUUACCGUUCUGGUCUCCGUGCAAAGCCCAAAUGUGUCUCGGCGCCAGGCGCGGAUAACGCAGCCACUAAUCGCAUGUGCUUUGAUAAGCUUAUUACUCUGCGGAAUCUGCAAGGCGUGACAAAAAAAUGUUGAUAAUUUGUACUAUUAAAUACGCAAUUUUAAUCCAACCGAAGCCAAGUAUGUACUAUUUAAAAAGCGUAGAACAUAGUACUUGCAAUCUCAAGAUUGCCUAAAGAAUGCUUGAAGUCAGUAUUAGUUGCCUAUCGAAGGUUUAUGACUGUUUUACGAACUGAUACAGAGAGGCGAGUAUGGUUAUAUAUGUUAUUAUAGUAUUUCUUGGCAGAGGAGUGUUUUUAUAAACUAUAUACGCUUAAGAUGCUUGUGGGAUACUUGUAAGUCAGAAAAAAUAAUAAAUAUAGAAUAUGACA